ACACUACACAGAGUGGCGCAAACAUAUCUUUAACAAUUUAUCAAUACUUUCUAUCCUAGACAGAACAAUCAAAAAUAUACAUAUUACAUUAAACAGCACCGCAUACUUUUUCGCAUCUAAUUUCAAUUUUCCUCUUGAAGAGAGAUAUUGGUUAAAUUUGGACAUUGAUUCUGUGAAAAUACAAUAAUUCAUGGAUAUUUCACGGGAGCUUGGAUUGGUCCCUCUGAAUAACGACUAUUGACGUAUUUUUGCGAGUUCUAUCUGUUCGCUAUAUACAGCGGAAAUUGUGAUUUCUAAAUAAAAACCUUCAUCGUGUUACAUUGUCACAAUAUAGACUUUGGAUUAAACUGACUAUAAAGAUUAUUUUUAAAAACUAAAACAAAGUUCUACGCUGCGUCACACCGAACGAAAAACAAGCAACGCAUUUCUAAAGACUUCAUGGGUUUGCCGUUUUAUCCUGCUGAUUAAAACUGUCAAGACAUGGUAAUAUUCCCAAAAUGAAUGGAAUAAGGAUGGAAAGCCGCAACCUUUUCGUCAUAAUGAAGUUACCGUAUUGGCUUUUUUUAAUGUGGACACAAUUAUUCAGCUCAUUUUCACCCAUUCGAACAGACUAUAUUGAGCUGACGUCAAAUACAACUUUCCAGCAGCUGAGUCAGUUUUGUAUCAGUGCUCAAGGUCGCACCUACAUAGAAUUCUCAGUGAAAUCAUCCACGGAUGUCCACAUCACUCUGAUGACCAAUGACCUUUCCUCACCAAGGGAUGAUUAUAGUCAGAUCUACGAAAUUGUCAUCGGAGGAUGGUCCAAUGAAAAGUCUUGUAUUCGGGCACAAAAAGAAAGCUGCCAAACCAUUAGCACUCCAAAUAUUUUGAACGAUUUAGAAUUCGUUGAUCUUUGGGUCAGUUGGGACCAUGGAUAUGUUAAUGUUGGGACAGGAGCAAAGGCAAGCGGAGGAGUAGUGUUAAACGAGCCUUUAAGUGACUAUUAUAAAGUCAACUAUUUUGCUGUUAUGACUCAUUUUGAAAAUUUCUGGAGGUUUCAUGAUGAUACGGACUGUGAGGUAGAAGAGUUUAACAAUACCGACAUCACAACUGCAAACUCGUCCUGUAAUGGUAUGACAACUUACAGAUGUAAAGAUGAAUUUUAUCUGACAGCAGGAAGCCUAACGCGCAGGUGCAGAAUAGGAAGACAAUGGGAAGGAGAACCCCCAGUCUGUUCAGCUUGCCCAUGUCCCUGUCAAUCAGGAAAUCAAAAAACAACGAACGACUCAACAGAGCAUGUACAAGAAAAGAUAGCACAGUUCAGAAAGGAGCUGAUGAUACAUAGAAAUGCCACAAGUGUCUACCGCCGGUCUAAAGUCAGCGCCGCGGACCCCCGAGUUUCCUCCUCUAGGAUCGGGUAUACGUUAGGAUACGGUGUCAUUAUUUCUGUGCUGAGUCUCAUCUUUAUAGCAGACCUUCAGAGGGUAGUAAACCACGUGUUCGAGAAAACUAGACAUCAUGACACAGUGACCGGACGCCAUAGUCGCAGAUAAUAAACAUUUUAGCGUUAGUCUUACAAACAUAUUCACCGGAGAUUUUUUAUAACACAGUAAAUUGAUUUAUUAAGAUUUUGUGGACAUAUUGCAUAGAAUUUAAAAUCAGUGCAUCUGAUCAACUAUGAGGUUGAUUCAUUUAGUUUUGAAAAGUUACAGUUACUGUAAACUUGUUUAUAUGGUUUUCUGUUUUCUCAAUACUAUGUUUGCAAAAGAGAGUACAUGUAGCAAUGUUAAUACCUGACAAAAAAUAAUUAUGUUUUAUUGUCUUCUGCGAUAUUUGCUGAACACUACUGGAUUAGUUUUGCCUUAACAGGUUUAGCGCAUCUGAGCUGAAGGCUCAAGUAAGCUUUCCUGAUCAAAACUUUCCGUUGUCUGUCGUUGACGUAAACAUUUUACAUUUUCAUAUUCUUCUCCAGAACCACUGGACUAAUUUCAAUCAAACGUGAUACAAAUCUUCCUUAGGUGAAGGGGAUUCAAGAGGGCCAUGCUCCCUAUAAAGGGGAGAUAAUCACAGAAAUAGGGUGGGAUCAUUUAAAAAUAUUUUCCCUUAUUAACUACUGGGCUAGAAAGGCUGAAAUUUACAUGAAUGCUUUCUGACGUAGUGGAGAUUCAGGUUUGUAAGAAUCAUGGUCCCAGGGGUAGGGUGACGCCACAACAGGGGAUCAAAGUUUUGCAUGCGAAUAUAUAGAGAGCGAAACUUGGCACAAAACAACUUUAGAUAAAAUCUGUCACAUGGUAACAUGAAAGGCCAUACCCAUGUACAAGGACAUAUGAUAGUCAAUGAAUUUGUAGUCAAGUUUGAUAAUUGAACUUGAUAAUUAAUGAACUUUUAGUAAUUACAUUUGAAUAGUUUUUUUUCUGAACCAAGCUAUAAUCAUUAUGAUAGUUUUGCUUAAUCUUGUUUACUGCUAGGAAUUUCGUCUCAGGUGAGCGAUGUGUCCCAUACGUCUCUAGUUUAUAUGAUUGAAUAAUUCCAAGAUUUCUGAUUGGCUGAGUUCUAAAAAAAAAAAAAAAAAAAGAAGAAGAAAACCAGGAAAAAUAGAACGGUAUAUUCAUCUCCAUGUGCUUUCAAGGUGAAUAUAACAUUUGAUUUUUCCAACAUCGGACCAAUUCCCAAAUUCAUGAACGCGAUGAUUACUUUUGAAAUGAAAUCUUGCGUCUCUAUUCACCUUCGACUAUGUCUAGAGUUGAAAGUUUGAAAUGGAAUUCUAUGCUAGUCAGCAUUUAUUCUAUGGUCGUUAUAACGAUCUAGUUCGUCAAUAAAACCUAUCAUUGGGUCAAAUGCUGUCUGACAUGUUUCAUACCGAUUGUUAGGCUGUUCUUGGCACACUGAUUUUAACUACGGAUAACUUCGUUUACCUGAUAGGAUAUAGGGCUCACGGCGGAUGUGACCGGUCUACAGGGGAUGCUUACUCCUCCUAGGCACCUGAUACCACCUCUGGUGUAUCCAGGGGUCCGUGUUUGCUCAACUACAUAUAUCUAUUUUGUA